AACUGAAUUCAACUUCCUGGCAACCUAAAAAGUUAUGUUUAGAAAAAUACAGUACCUUUCAUUUCCCGGAAAACUUGUUCAUGUUUUGUCAUCCUGUAUUGUGGUCUUUUCAAACCCACUGAGUACAACUGAAGCAACUUCUAUAAAGUGCACCAAGCAGAUUUCCAUAUGAUUUACGCUAGCUGAUAUGCAAUUUGUUUGCAUUUCUUUUUCUCAGUCUGCACCUGUUGCUCCCUGCAAAAGUCAAGCCUUUCAAAACCUUCCUGGAGAAUGGAAUAUCCAGUGCAUUUAACCUGUUUUCCUCUAUACGUUGGUGCAAAUUCCCCCGUCAGAGCAACAGCUCACCCAAACGGCAGCUGCUGUCCAAGGGCGUGUUCGAUGGGAGUCCUGUGCAUGAAAACAAAUGUGCUAGCGAGGCUUUCCCUGCCAGAGGGCUGGUGCUGAGUUUCUGGCACUCGUCUGUACGCACUCGCUCCAUCCCUGCUCCCUUCUGGCCAUGGGAGUGUCCAGCGUCGACUCUGCUGCACAUUGGAUUUCCUCAUGUUAUGAAACGUGGUGUGAGCCACAGCCGCUCUGGUUCAGUCUGUUUUUUUCCUGCGAGGAAAGGUUGCAUCCAGCAGCUAGCAAGGACCGUCUGGGGAUGGCUGGGUCCCACCUUUGUCGUGCGUCCUCGUCUGGUGAUAACGCUCACCUGCUAUUACAGACAAACAGAAGUGGCAUGUCCCAAGGGGACGUGGAAGAAACCAAGCCCGGGAUAACGGAUACAAAGGAGGACGUUGCAGAGAACCCAAAAUCCACUCCAACCGCAGAGAAAUUUGGCUGGAUUAAGAAAAGCAGUGGGGGACUCCUGGGAUUGUGGAAGGAUCGUUACAUUCAGCUGCACAAAACACAGCUAGUGGUGUACGAAGAUGAGGAUGAACAAAAAUGCAUAGAAACAGUGGAACUGGAGAGUUAUGACAAAUGCCAGGAGCUGCGUGCACUACUAAAAAAGAAAAACCGUUUCAUUUUAAUCCGCUCCCCGGGUAAGAAGGUCAAAGUAGAUGAGAGCCUUUCCUUGGACCACGUAACUCGGGACAGAGUGAAAAUGACCCAAGGACGCAGGCCACCCACCAGAAGCCACCUGAAGGAGGCUGCCAAGUCUACAUCAGAUGGUAUCCUGAGACUAGAUCUGGAUAUAGUGGACAACGGACCACCAAACUUGGACUCCACUAUCAGCGAAAGUGACAAUCCCCCACCUCAGAAGGAAACUCCAAAGCCACCUAUGCCGCCUACAAAGCCCACUGACACAAAAGAAAAACAAGAUGCAGAGAAUAGCAUUCCCGACCAGGAACAUAAAACACCUUUGUCUCCUCCAUUGCCUCCAGAUAAGAAGCUUAAGGAAAGUAUAGCAUCAAAGGACAGUGCCAAUGCCAUGGAAGAGGACUCUGUAAGCAGAGAGGAGAAUGUGGAAGGAUCCAAAGCACCAAGUGAGGAGAACAUAGAGACCCUCAUGGAGGUCAGCAACAAGGGCACAGCAAAAGCUCCAAUUCCUCUUCCCAAGCGCGUGCCAGACAAGCUAAAAGUAACUUGGGACCAACCGGUCCCUGAGCCUGAAAACACAGAAGACUUGAAAUCAUCAGCAGAUGGUAGCAAAGAGAAUCUUGUAGAGAUUGCCACAGCAGAUGUUACAAAGCCUCUUGUUCCUCCUAAGGUUCUGUCAGAAAAAUUGCUAGCCGCUAUGAACUCCUGCCAGGGUGACGUGGAAGCUGACGGUUUGGAAGACCUGGAGUCUUGCAGUUCCAAGCCCCCCAUGAAUGGGAUCGAAGACAGUGAAGUAGCAGAAUCCACAUCUCCAAAAGCUGAAACUGAAGAAGGAAAUGAGAGAACCUCUGAAGAGAAGGAACAGCAAACAUUAGCAGAACAGAGAGAGACUUCCUUAGUUACAGAAACAUGCCAUGAGAGUGUAAAAGUGACUACUGAGAAGAAAACAUCUGUAGAAAGCACUUCAGCUCUCAAACUUCGCAGUUCUUCUCUGGGAGACUUGCUGUCUGAUUCCCAAACUACACAGAGAGCACUUCCAAGUCAAGGCUUCCCCAAGCUUUCCCAUCACUAUGUAGCUAAAAUGGAGGAGAAGGUUGCUAAUGAAAGGGAGAAGACAGAAAAACUUCUGCAGAAGGUUUUACGUGGAGGUUUGGAACAGGCCCAGGAAGGGAAUGGACCCCCAGCGAUGGCAGAAACGUUACUCAAUGAGGCAGUAGAACAACUUCGGCAAGCUACACAAGUCUUACAAGAAAUUAAAGAUUUUGGAGAACUGAAAAAAGAAGCAACAGAGAAACAGAAAGGGAAGCAAAAGGAUCUAGUGACUCUUUAUAGGAGAAGUGCUCCCUGAUAUACUCCUCCAAGAGACUUCUUUCUUAAAAUAAGAGCUAAACAUGUGCCAUUUAUGAAUUGUACCACUGCUAGGCCAGUGUUUAAAAGAUGGUGUUUUGCUGUGCACACACCACGUUUAUGGGACAGAAUUGAGCUUUCAGUUAUAGCAUCUUUCUCUCUUUCUUCAUGCUGUACAUCGUAGCCCAGUUCUAAUCCUCUUAGCACAGUAGAAGGUUACAGGACAUUGAACAGUUACGAAAAUGUGAAUGUUCUUUAAGGACUCGGUCCAAAGUCCUUUCAAGUCAGUGGACCGGGCCUUAAAAAUCACUGGCGACUAAACUGAGUCAGAUUUUUUAAAGGAGCAGAAAAUGGCUAUUCUGGCAAGAGCCCUUGGCUAUCUGUGUUUACAGACAUGCCAAUACCCAGAUUACACUGGCACCUGUCUGGUUUUGCUACUAAAAUCAUUAAAGGAAACCGAGUCAGAAAAAAUUUUACUAGUUUGUUCACUUGCUGGCAAGUUUUCCUGGACCACCUGGACCAGUGACAUCUGGGAAUGUAAGGAUAAAUGGUUUAAUCUUCUCCAAAGAUACUCACAAAACCACAUCCACUGUUAAAAAAUGACCUCACACAGAGGCAAACAACACUGGCCAGCUCCUGACUGCAAGCAGUGUUCACAGAUCUAGAGCAGCUGUACGAAGACACACUUCUGAUUCUGGCUGUGCAAAGCUUUAGGUGUUUGCUAAGCACUGUGUAAGUGAAUGAAAGUCUCAAUGCAUCAUUGCCAGGCAAGUAUUAAUUGUUCCCAUUUUAUUAGUAGGGAAACAGAGGCAAAGAUGCAGAGCAGGUUACACUUAGCCUUAGAAGGCGUGCGUUAGAGCAGCACAACACAUCUGUUUUUAAGGAACGUAACUAUCUGAUGAGUUCCCUCACGAUAGCUGGAGCAAUUAGCCAGAUGUUUGGAGAGCUUAUGUCUUCCUAGGAGAGCCUACCAUUAAGAAGCUCGUUCUCUAAGGAUAUAUGUUUCUUUAGCUGUAGGCUCUCUCUCUUCAUUGCCUUAGGAUGUUAACUGACAGGAGCGUGCACAUCAGGCAAGAGGUCUGGAUGAAAUCCUCCUUCCUGUUAUUUGAACAGUUUCUUACCUGCUGUGUCCUGGCUAGCCUGAGAGCCAUGGUUUGGCACAGACAUCUGUAAUUUGAACAACUGUUUAAAUGCUGAGUACAUGGAGGGAAAGGCAUUUUGCACACACGGUUUUGGGGCUGGGCCCAGUGGCUUAAGUGUAUUGAAAUAAAAAGGCAUCACUACUCAAGGGUCUGAGGAAGAUACUGCAGAAGGCUCUGGCAUAAUUCCCACAACUUCUCCCCCCACCUGCUGAAAGCAGCCACAGUUCCCUUGGUAUCUAGUGAUCAAAGUGGUGAUAAAAUCCUGUCUUUGCACCCCUGCUGUGUAGCCCUGUGCCUGAGCUGGUUUCCUGCCCCAUUCUCAAUAGUGUUUGCUCUGAGGAGAAUCAUAUAACAUCCUGAAGGAGACCUUCUUUGCUUGAGACUCAGAGAGCGCAGAAAAGGGCAAUCUUUACAGCCUAGUUUUAAGGAGUGACACUUUAUCUAUGCUCUUUUCUCCCAUUUGCCAGCACUGCACUCUUAGCUCACCAGAUGGUUUUUCUUCUGUUCUUCCUUUUAUGAUUUUGCAGGAUCCACAAGGCUGCAAGGGGCUGCAAACACCUCCCACAGCAGCAGCCCAGUAAAGCUUCUUCUGAGCCUCUGCUGAGAGUAGGCAAAGGGCAGUUCAGUUCUGAGCACAGCAGUGUCAUCUUGGUGCUUGCAAACGUUCAUGGUUUGCACCACCCAGAGCCAGCAAGACAGGUAGUCACUAGAAUAGGUGCUUUUACUUCUUUUGAUUAGAACAGCCUGGAUUUCAAUGGUCUGUCCCUCUCUCAAGCCAGCCAUAGACAUUGCAUGGAAAAUCACUUGUUAUUCUCUCAUAUGGAAAAUUCUACGCAGUCAGACGCUCAGAGCUCAGGUGCCAAAAAACUUUGCUUUGAGACAAAAAGAUUCCUAAGUCCUGAGCCCACUCCCAGGCAUGUGGCCCAAGAGCAAACUCUGGAUCUGUGUAAUUUGCUGCUGUAGAUUCAAUGUGAACCACAGGUCUUGUUCACCUUUCAGAUAUACUUUAGGACAAGGGCUAAUUUAAAUAGAGACAAUAUUCAGUGCCUAUCUGCUAUCUAAAUGUAUUUUUCUGCAUGUGCACUUUUGUUUACCGAACACUGUGUGGUAUGAAGGUGAGCUGUCAGAACCUGGUGUGCACUGGUCUAGGGACAUCAGGUUCAGAGAGCAGGCAGGCUUUUGCAAGGCACAGUUAUAUAACAAGAGAUAAACUAGAUGGGGAAAAGAAGAUCAUGCUAACCGGAAGACACACCAACCAGGGCAAACUCUGGGUACAGGCUCAUAUCCCAAAGUUGAAGCCAGUCCUAAACUUGAGGAUGGGCAAAUCAAAGCCUGGAACUGAAAAUCCUUGAGAAUGGAAACUGCUCAUGGGAUAACUUAGUCCCCUAAUACAUGCAGAUGCUUUUGCUCUCACAGGUGUUUUCUUGUGGCAGUCUUGACCCAUCUGGCAAAUGAAAAUACUGAGACAUCCCUACCUGUUACAGCCAGACCUACAGGAUGUGCUUAUAUUUACUGUAUAUUUUUAUAUAGUAUUGAAUAUCCUAAUGAAAAAUGAAAAAGUGUCUGACAUUUUACUGAACACCCCUCAGUAGGAAUCUUAAUAGAAAAAAAACCUAUACUUGUUAGGAAAUGGGCAAGCUAAAUCAUUUUACAAGCGAUGGCUAAAUACUGCAUUUGCUGUACUAACAGAACCCGCUAGAUUGUAUUAUGUCUUGUAAAUAAGUAUAACUUAAGUGGACUCGCCAUAGCACUCAGUAACUGAACUGCUGAAAACAUUGUGUUAGGGACUCUUUGUUUUCAAUUAUUGUUUUUUUAAUAGGGUUAGCAGUUUCAUCCUAAGACGACUAGCCCAGCUGUAAGCCUGAUUCACCUGGACUUUAUAGGAAGCGAUGCACUGUGUGCCUUCUGCAGUUUUCCCCCUUGCUAUUCUCAUCCUGGUCAUGAGCCAGUCUCUGCCUGAGGCAGGAGGGUGGGUUAUUCUGUAACUGCCUUCUAGAGCUUCUUACAUGCUCUGCUGAAAACAGCACUGCUGGCCGCACUCAGAGACAGGAUCCUGUUCUAGAAAGCCUUUGCUCUGACCUUAUACAGCAACUCCAUCUUCAGAGUACAUCCUGCCACCAUGCACUUUUUUUUUUCUCCCUUUUAACUUACUCAUCUAAUUCCUGACUGUACUAAGGCUGCUUUCUUGUGCCUAAAAUCCCUCUGGGCAUGGAGAAGUGGGGUGCAAUUCUGUGUUUCAGGCUAUGCCACCAGGUUACACGCUUGUGACAGGAAGGAAGUGAGCUUGCAAGCGAGCAAACGUGGCCAACGAUCUGAAAAGCAGCUGCUGCGGCCAGUGCAAAGGCAGCACUUUGUCUCCUGCUUGUAAAGAGCUUUAAGAUUUGGCAAUAAAACCCCCUUUUAAAUAUCAGCUGUUUAAGAGCCAUUUGUCCCAAACGGGAGCAAAGACGACUCAUCAGGACUGGCACACUGCAGCUUUGCUGCGCAGGAGGGCGUGUUGCACAGGCUGCGGUCAGGCUGGGGUGAACUCAAUGCUGUGCUAACCACAAGCCCGGAGGAAGGAGAAGCACUGGGCGCCGUGGCUGGCGCAGAGCUGGAGCUGCUGUAUACAGUGCAGUUCCCAAGUCAUCCUUCCCUGCCAGUCAGCUGCACUGGCCGGAGAGCGUGGCUGGGGCCUGGACCAUCUCCUCCUGCAAAGCAGUGGGAAGUAUCCAAGCAGAGCCAAGGGCCUGAGCUAGGAGGGAAAGCUGAGGAGCUGAAUUGCUCUUCCGUGACUGCCACAUUUGGGCUUCCCUCAGAAAAUCUCCUCUCUGCCUCAUUUGCUCCUGUCCUGCCAGCUGCCCUGGGAGUACCUGAGCUGAAAUAGCCUCGUUCCCUGCCUGUGUGCGCCCCUCUCCAGCCCUCUGGUGCCUAGCCAAGUGCAGUCUCUCGUACUACUAUCUGGGCUGUCCUUAGUAUCUUCAUGCGGCUCCCUGGAGUCUAAAAAACAUUGAGCUCAUGCUGCAGUCGUCCCCUUGGUGGGGAGCAACACUACAGCCUCCUUCCACUGCCCAGAUGCCAGUCAGUCACAGGAAGAUAGGAAGUUGCUCUCAUAGCAACUGUUUCCGCUUUCCUUCUAUCAAACUGGGUAGAAACUGGCCAGUUGGUUCAGAAGUUACGAGGAAGCAGGGAGAACAGCGCAUGUAUAUUCACCAUCCUAUUGCACAAGCUUUGCUUUGUUUAGGUUAAAAAAAAAAAAAAAGUGCUUAGCAAACCCUCUAACCGCUUGCUGGGAAGGGGACAGGAGCUAAGAGUGGGGGGUAGUUCCUCAAAGGAAAUUCCAAUACUCUGUGCUGAUUGCUACAGAUAAAUUACAGAGAAAGGCAAUCUCUUCCUCUUACUCUGAAUAAGAGAACAGACAAAAUAUCACAUUUUGGCUUUAAAUUGAUGUUGGUAAGGUAGGGAAGUGUCUAGCACCAAGUAAAACCUAGGAAACAUGAUUAAAAAACCCACACUAAGAAGACACAAAGUAUUGGCAUAUGAAACAUUCCCUUGACUGUUUUUAAUCAAUGGAUAGUCAUAGAUCACCAGUUAGAAGAGACUGUGUUAUCACAUAAUCUGAAAUGGAAAACACAGGUCCCUAGGUUUCACCAAGUGAUUCCUGCAGAACUCAGUAAUUUGCAGAUGAAAAAGAGCAGAAAGAGCUCUUCCAAUCACAGACUGCCAGAGGAUUUACCACAGCGUUGGCUAGCCUAUUCUGAUGACUGAUUAUUCUUGCUAUUAAAAAAUGUGUGUUUUAUCUUAAGUAUGAAUCAUCAACAGUGAAGCUCUCCAAGAUUUCCCCUUCCAACUUAAAAGCUGGAAAAAUAUCAGGCAUAGAACACAUCCACAGUGUUUAGAGAAUGAAGAUCCCUGUUUUGUUAUGCUCUGCAGGCUCACAUGCUUAAAAAAGCCAGUGUUUAAUUUGUUCCAGGAAACUUAGUCACAGCAUUCCUCUAGUACCUUACCUCACGGCUAUGCAACCCAUAAUAUUCCUGUGACAACAGCCGAAAUGAUGUUACAAACUAUUAACAAUUUCAUUCUCAGCAGUAAUCCUACUGUCUGAGGAGAAUGAGAGGUAUUUUAUGCUAUGCAUUGUUAUGUUAAGCAAUGUAUUUCCAUCCUCUCCUCCCUGCCUACCAGCUUCACUCCAGAGAGCAGAUGAGGCUUGGCCCUCGCACCUCCUGCUCUUCAGCUUUGCAGUCCCCUCUCCAUGAGCUAUCCUGGCUUGUUUGAAAGCUCAGAGUUUAGAAAACAAAGUAGGAGGAAAUGCAGAAAGAAUCCUACUUCAGUGCACCUUUACUACAGAUUAUAUGGAAAGCACAUAUGCCUAUAGAAAAACAAAAACUUUUGUGGAGUAUUAUAAAAUCCAAUCUGUAACAAGUUGUCACAGGAGGGAUGGUUGCCAACAACUUAUGACAUCCACUGGCUAAAGGAAAAAACAAAAGUGUUAAUUUGCAGCAAAAGAAGAUUGAAGACAUUAGAAAAGUCUUCCAGGCACAGGGUGGGAUAUUCUAGAAUGGGCUCCACAGGGGGACCCCUUUCAGUGGAGUUUCUUAAGAGCAGAUAUGCAGGGUACGUGGGUAUAUCUGAUCCUGUUCUGCACAGGGAGGUGGAUGAAACUGUUGCCUGAGGUCUUUCCUGCUGUAUCGUUUCUGCUGUUGCUGUUCAGAGGGCCAAAGCUGAGAAUUUUACCUGGUUUCUGCAGGACACCGGCAGAAGUCUCAGCAACCAGGCUCAGAGUGUAAUAACCCCUACAGGCUAUUCAGUUCUUUAACCUUGUUUUCACUCUCACUGGGGAUCCUGUGUAGCACUUAGAGCUGCAGGAUGAUAAAUAAUGUGGCGCUUCAGAAACCCCUUGAAGGCCCUGCCCACACCUCCUCAGCCUGGCCUGCUCUGCCCAGCUUUUUUCUCUUUUCCUUCUCUCCUGCUCCUGACACCAUCCUACCUUCCUGCUGCUCAUUGCAGUCCACCCACACAGCAGUCAUGACUCUAGCCAGAGUACCGCUGACACGCUCAAACUAGCUAGCUCAGGUGUCAUAAGGAAAGGCACAGCUGCAACAACAGAGGCUCAGCACAGGCAAGAAGCCCUCUAAAAGACCUGGGUUGCAUACAUGUUUUUUUGCUCUACUAAUCAGAUUAAAGCUAGCAAGAGCACUGUAGAUUUGCAGUUAUCCACUACUGACCAAGCGUUCUCCCAGGCUGCUCUCCAUCAGUUCUCUUCUCUCCUCAGUCUCCCAUCUCAUGCUCCCUUUCCGUCUAAACUUAUUCCUAGAAAGCUCAGCACUGCGUUGAUAGCAACUUUCCAUAAGUUCUAGUUGUGCCGCUGCCAAGAAAGUCUCCUUACUCAUCACCUCCUCUGGAUUCAUGGGACAGUUCCCACAUCCCCAGGGGGGAUAAGUUUGCACUUUGGAACAUAGGCACGCUUCAAAGUCAGGAAAUGAAUUUUAAAAUG